UGCAGCACCACUCUCUUCGUUGCCACAAGAUCAAGCCACAGGUGGCUAGAUCUUUAGCUGUAGAAAUAACGGCUUAUUCGGCUGCUUAUGCAAACUCAAAGCCCAGUUUUCAUUUAGAGCUAAAAAAAAAAAUCAUCCAGAAACAACUUAACUUUAACUUAACUUUAAAGACUUUGGAACAGAGCACCGUAUUAUCUGACUUCGACAGGUCAGGUCUGACACUGCUGCCUGCUGAAGGCGCACUCUUUGACAGUUCAUGGAAGUAACGUUGAGCAGCGGGCGGUUCAACUUUCCCUCUGACAACAUUGGCUCUUUUACCAAAUGCCUACUAUGGCGUCUGUUUUGGAGGAUCCAACCCUAGAGAGACACUUCAAGGGGCAUAAAGACGCCGUCACCUGUACAGACUUCAGUCCAAACCGCAAACAACUGGCCUCAGGGUCAGUGGAUAUGAGCCUGAUGAUCUGGAAUCUAGCUCCAAAGGCGAGGGCUUUCCGCUUUGUGGGCCACCAAGACAUCAUCACUGGGUUGCAGUUCUCCCCCUCUGGUAACCUGGUGGCCACUUCCUCUAAGGACAGAACGGUCAGACUGUGGACACCUUCCAUUAAAGGAGAUUCAGCAGUGUUCAAAGCCCACACGGCCCCUGUUCGCAGUGUUGCUUUCUCCCACGACGGCCAGAGACUGGUGACGGCGUCCGACGACAAGUCUGUCAAAGUGUGGAGUGUUCACCGGCAGUGCUUUGUCUACUCUCUCAACCAGCACACCAACUGGGUUCGCUGUGCCAGAUUUUCUCCUGAUGGCCGUCUGAUAGCUUCCUGCGGAGACGACCGUACCGUCCGGCUGUGGGACACGUCCACCAAACACUGCAUCAACUGUUUCUCUGACUAUGGAGGAUCAGCGACGUUUGUUGACUUCUACUCAAGCGGCACCUGUAUAGCAUCCUCAGGAGCUGACAGUUCACUAAAAAUCUGGGAUCUACGGACCAACAAGCUGAUUCAGCAUUAUCAAGUCCACAGUGCAGGAAUCAACAGCUUUUCCUUCCACCCAUCCAACAACUACCUGAUCAGUGGCUCCAGUGACAGCACUGUUAAGAUCCUGGACCUGCUGGAGGGACGCCUCAUCUACACCCUCCAUGGACACAAGGGUGCAGUAAUCACAGUAUCCUUUUCCAGGGCUGGAGAUCUCUUUGCCUCAGGGGGAGCUGAUGGUCAGGUGCUGAUGUGGAGGACAAAUUUUGACACCAAAUCCUACCAGGACGUCCUGCAACAACACAGCCGGAGAUCCACCCCUGAUCCCCCACCCCAUGUGACUGACAUCCACCCCAGAGGACCCCACCUUCACCACCCGCAGCCCACAGCCAUUCAGAUCAGUCCAGCAGUGGCAGAUACACAGUCCACUGAUCCGGAUGUCAUAGAGUUGGGCCAAUCUGUUCACAGCACCACGGCCGCCGCCAACAGUCACCACUCCAACGGUUUGCCCCCCCAUCACGUGGGCAGCUCCAGAGUGGAAGGAUGGAUGGGAGACAGAAGUGCCAGUAGGGCAGGUGCGACUUCUGGGAGCCAGACUGGGGCCGGCGGGAGAGGAAGAGGAAGGAGAAAGGAAGAGGAAGAGGAGAGAGGGCAGACGCACCCACUGGAAGUUCUUUCCGGUCAACCAUCGGGUCUGGACUCUACCCUGCGGCACAUUGUUCAACAGCUGGAUAUCCUCACGCAGACUGUUUCAGUGCUGGAGGAGCGUCUCACCCUGACUGAGGACAAGCUGAAGGAGUGUCUCCUCCACCAAUCCCACAUUCUCAGUGAUGUGCAAUCAUCGGGAGGGAGGCGGAGGACUGAGAGCGAGGAGACGGAUGGAUCACCUGUCCACUUCACUUGAGGACGACCUCGCCCUUUGUCAGACUGCAGCACAAACACACAAACCGAGUUGUAUUGGUUGACCCCAAGACAGCUGGUCAUGAGUGUCUGUUUGUGUGUGUAUGUGUGUCUAUGUAAAUAUGUGUGUCUGUGUGUGAUUCUAAAUGUCCACCUUGGUGGUCUCUCUCCGGGGUCAGUAGGUUAAUCAGGAUUUGGGCUGGGGUCAAAGUGAGUUUUUGUGUGUGUGUGUGUGUGUGUGUGUGUGUGUGUAAUAGCAACAAUUCUCCAUGUAUU